CCUCCUCCUCCUCCUCCUCCUCCCUGCCCGCUUGCCUGGCUUUCUCUCUUUCUAUCCUCCGCCUCUCUCCUGUGUCCCCACACAAACACACGCCCUGCAGCAGCAGCAGCAGCAAGCAUACACUUUCCAUCGACCUCCGUACAUUCACUUGUUCCACACCAGAGAGUAGGAACGCAGACAAUAGGAGGAUGUCGCCAAGCGCGGCCUAUAGCCUGAGCCUGGAUCAGGCCCGGCAACUGCUGGUCCAGUGUCUCAUGAGCCAGUCGAUUUUCUCCGCUGACCAACUCAACCGGAUAUGGGCCGAGUUGAGCUUGCGGGUGUCUCCGUCUAGCCUCUCCGGGGAACCGGCUCCAUCACUCACGGCAAUCCUCAACAUCGCCAAUCGCAAACUCACUCCGCUGGGCUUCCGUGUGGUCAACUUCCCGAGCCACUUUGACCCGACCACCUCGUACUACGUGUUUGCGAACCUCGAAGAUGAUGAAUUCUCCAAAAAGACAUCUCUCUCCACGAUGGAAAUCCUGUACUUUGAGCUGGUGAUUCGUCGGGUGGUCGAGUCCCCCGGCUGCGUCGCCGACCGACGGGAUCUGCUGAACGUUCUGAAUGAUCCACUUCCACAUGCAUCAACGCAGGACGCCACCACUCAAGGCGAGGGCUCGAUGGAUGGGGGCGCCAGUGCCCCCCUGCCGCAGCGCUUGAAUAUGACCAAGCUCGAGGCACAGAACCUUCUUAAUCAGUUCAUCUGGGAAGAGUGGCUGUCUGAGUUCAGCCAGGAGGCCAUCGAUGGACUGCCAAGCAUGGACGUGAUGCCGACCCCGGGGAUGGUCACUCUCGGUCCACGGGCGUUUGUCGAUCUCAAGCCCUACCUCGCGCGAAUGUACAACACCCCAGACGAGCCGGAGCAGCAAUUGCUCUUUGAAUGCGCCGUUUGCCGCGGCCUGGUUGGAUUUGGGCUUUCGUGCCGCUCGAUCAACUGCCCAGGGCGGGUGCAUCUGUCCUGUGCAGCUCGACGGCCCGAGUGCCCCGCCUGUGCCGCGCCUUGGGACACACGCCGCCCUCCUGAGUCACCCCUCGACGCUUGAUCGAGCGAGUAGAGCCCCCGCGAAGGCCGGGCAUCUGCAUCCGAAGGUGGCGACGAGCGCAUGGGCCUCCUUGGCACGGCUCCUCAUAAAUAAAGGGGUGAUGCUCGCCA